AAUAAGAUUUACAAAUAUUAAUUCAAUACAUUAUUUACUGUAAAUACUAAAAAAAUGGACGAAAGUAAUAUUCCCAUAGACAUAAAUAUUGGCAAACUCCAGGACUGGUUAGUGAGUCGUCGUCAUGUAAACAAGGAAUGGCAGAAGAACAUUAUAGCUGUGAGAGAAAAAAUAAAUAAUGCCAUUCAAGACAUGCCAGCCCAUGAAGACAUAGCCGCUCUCUUAUCAGGCAGCUAUAUCAAUUACUUUCACUGUCUGAAAAUUAUAGAAAUACUCAAAGAGACAGAAGCGGACACCAAGAAUUUAUUUGGCAGGUAUGGAUCACAAAGAAUGAAAGAUUGGCAGGACAUAAUAAAGAGUUAUGAGAAGGAUAACUUGUAUCUAGCCGAGGCGGCUCAAAUGUUGGUCAGAAAUAUAAACUAUGAAAUUCCUGGAUUUAAAAAGCAAAUAGCUAAAGAGGAACAGAUGCAGGCAGAGUGUGAUAAAAAACAUGCUGAUUACUUAAAAAAUGAAGCAUCAAGUAAAAAUGAAUUUUUAAUGCUUUGCAAACAGCUUGGUAUCAAGGGAGACAAAAUAAAAAGGGAACUGGUUGACAGGUUACAAGAAUUGCCAGUAAUAUAUGACAAGAUAGGCAAGUCACUCAAGCCUUUACAGCCAGCCAUAGAAUUAUACUCUGCAUUUACGAAAUAUAUCCUCGGCGAGCAAGCGUCAGAAGUUCUACCUCUACUCAAGUAUGUUGUUGAACAUGGUAACACUACUGUGUAUGAAUGGAGUUACGGCGAGCCGCCGUUGAGCGUGGAGCCGGAUCCAGUGCAUAUAGAGUUGGAGAAAGAUGAUGCAGCUGGUGAUCAGAUUGAUUUUGGAGAAAGCACAAUAGAUUUUGGUGCAGAGGAUACUUCUGCUGAUAUCGACUUUGGUGAUGGAGACGCCGGUGGAGAGAUCGACUGGGGUAAUAUUGACGUGGCUCCUGCUGAAGUUGAUGUAUCAGCAGAUGUAGCAGCGAUAUCGUUAGACGAAUCAGGCAUUGUCGUGGAAGAGCAGGGGGUGGGGGGCGGUGUAGCGCGGGGCAGGGACGCCUUGACCUUGCUAGACAAUACGCCCACCAGGAACCAGUUCAUUGAUCAGCUCGUGGAGCUGGAAUCAUUUCUGAAGAUGCGUCUCUACGAAACGAACGCCGCCAACGAGAGCCAGACGUUCUCGCUGAUCGAGCAGCUGCCCACCGAGAGCGAGGCCGCGCUGGCCGCCAUGCUGGCCGCCGUGCAGGCCGCCGCCGCCGCCGUCACCGCCACGGAGAUCUCGCACCUGCACAACGUCAAACAUUCGCCCAGGUACGUGGACGUGCUGACGGCGCAGCUGCAGCAGAAGCUGUCGCUGUGCGCCAAGCUGGGCGCGCUGGCGACGCGCGCGGCGGAGCGGCGCGGCGCCGCGAGCGAGCGCGCCGCCGCGCUGCGCCCCGCGCUCGCGCUGCUGCUCGCGCGCACGCAGGAGCUGCAGGCCGACAUCCAAAGUGAGAUAUCGAAAAAAUAUAAAGGAAGACCGGUCAACGUCAUCGGCGGCGUGAAGUUCUUGUAAAUAUAGCAACAACGUAUGAAAGGAAAAUCCAUAGCGACGGAAACAUACAUAUAUUUUUUUAAUGUUGGCUACUUGUAAUUAAACUUUAUAAUACAAAUCUUUUGACUAUUA